ACGUCUCCCUAUUACUUUCCAAUCCUGUGCAAACAGAACAAAGCUUCAGCUGAAGAGCAAGAGGAAUGAAGAGUCUUCUGCCUCUAUUUUUGCUCUCCCUAACAUUUUCUUCUGCAUUUCCUGCAGACCGAAAGAUGAAAAAUGAAGACAAUAUGCAUCUGGCUCAGGCAUAUCUCAACCAGUUCUACUCUCUUGAAAUAGAAGGGAGUCAUCUUGUUCAAAGCAAGAACAGGAGUCUCAUAGAAGGCAAAAUUCGGGAAAUGCAAGCAUUUUUUGGAUUGACAGUGACUGGAGAGUUGGAUUCAAACACUCUGGAGAUCAUGAAGACCCCCAGGUGUGGGGUGCCUGAUGUGGGUCAGUAUGGCUACACUCUCCCUGGGUGGAGGAAACACAACAUCACAUACAGAAUAAUGAACUACACUCCAGAUAUGGCACAAGCUGAUGUGGAUGAUGCUAUCCAAAAAGCACUGGAAGUAUGGAGCAACGUGACUCCACUAACAUUCACCAGGAUUUCCAAGGGGAUUGCAGAUAUCAUGAUUGCUUUUAGGACGCGAGUCCAUGGCCGAUGUCCUCGUCAUUUUGAUGGCCCCUGGGGAGUCCUUGGCCAUGCCUUCCCACCUGGUCUGGGUCUGGGUGGUGACACUCACUUUGACGAGGAUGAGAACUGGACCAAGGAUGCAGCAGGAUUCAAUUUAUUUCUUGUGGCUGCUCAUGAAUUUGGCCAUUCACUAGGGCUCUCUCACUCCAGUGAUCAAAGAGCCUUGAUGUUCCCGAAUUUUGUCUCCCUGGAUCCUAGCAAAUAUCCGCUUUCUCAGGAUGAUAUCAAUGCAAUCCAGUCCAUCUAUGGAGGUCCACCUAAGGUACCUGCUAAGCCAAAGGGACCCACUGUACCCCAUGCCUGUGACACAGGAUUGACUUUUGAUGCUAUUACCAGUUUCCGCAGAGAAGUAAUGUUCUUUAAAGGCAGGAACCUCUGGAGGAUCUAUUAUGAUAUUGCUAAUGUUGAAUUUGAAUUAAUUGCUUCAUUCUGGCCAUCUCUGCCAGCUGAUCUUCAAGCUGCAUAUGAAAAUCCCAAAGACAGGAUUCUGGUUUUUAAAGAUGAAAACUUCUGGAUGAUCAGAGGAUAUGCUGUCCUGCCAGAUUACCCCAAAUCCAUCCAUACGCUCGGCUUCCCAAGACACGUGAAGAAAAUUGAUGCAGCAGUCUGUGACCAAAACACAAGGAAAACGUACUUCUUUGUAGACAUUUGGUGCUGGAGGUAUGAUGAGAUGACCCAAACCAUGGACAGAGGGUAUCCACAGAGGGUGGUAAAACACUUUCCAGGACUUGGUCUCCGCAUUGAUGCUGCUUUCCAGCAUAAAGGAUUCUUCUAUUUCUUCCGUGGAUCAAAGCAAUUUGAAUAUGAUAUUAAGGCAAAGAACAUUACCCAAGUGAUGAGAACCAAUGCUUGGUUUCAGUGCACAGAACCGUUAAACUCAUCAUUUGAUUUUGCUAUCAACAGGGAAAGUGCAUAUUCAAGAGGAAUGGACAUAUUGUAUCACAGGAAUUUAAGCUUGCUUGUUGUCAGUAUUGUUUAUCUGCUGAAAAACCUUAUAGUUAUCAAUGAGUUUAUAGACCUAAAUUUAACCUUGAGAAGUCUUUUAAUCUGAACUCUGUCUCAAAGUAGAGUAGAACCUUUCUUUAACAUUAAUAUGCCAGUCCUACUUGGUUCUAAAUACCUAAUGGGUAAAGAUUCAACAACCAUUUUGAGCUAAUUCUUUUAACAGGAAAUUAUUAGAUAUAAGUAAAAUCACUGGCUGUACGUUAAGCCUAAUUCAGCUUUGUGGACUUGGGAAAGUAAGAUGUGUCAUAACUAAAUACUGAAGACAUUUAUUAAACCAAUCUUUAGCAUUC